AUGGCCCGGACCAAACAGACAGCUCGAAAGGGCCUUGCGCCAAAGCUUAAGGCUCGAGCACCUCAGGCUCGACCGAUUCCUCAGGCCAAAGGUCUGGACAAUGAGAUUUGGACGGUGAUCUUUGCCUUUAUUGGAGAUGCGGUCAGCUUUCGAGCCCUGGAACAAACCUGCAAGCAGUUUCACAAGAUAUUGAAGAGCGAUAAUGUUUGGAAAGCUUGUUUUGGGGAACCGGUGGAUCGGAACAGCUGGGAGAACGAGUACGAGACGUACUAUCGAGAUGAGGCAUUUACCGGUAUUGCCUGUCGCAAUAUUCAAAAGUGGCAAGCCAGAACCGAAAAUAUUCUAUUGGAUGUCUAUGGUCAGCUUUGGAAAGAAGACGUGGAAAAUAUGCUCAACACGUCUCCGUAUAUUGCCGAGAAUGCCCGCAGCAACCAACAUGUUUUUCGUUUGCGUGGGGAUGCUGCCUUUACGUUGGCUUGCAUUGUGGAAAGCUGCCUGAUUCGAUUGCUAGAAGAGGCCCAACUCUGCGCCAUUCGAAGUUCCCAUCGCCCAGAAGGACAUGCAGUGCUACCACGAGAUAUUCAAGCCGCACGUGAAACACUGGUACCGCACCCGUUUCAUCAUAUUCGCUAUUGGGAGGGACAGAGAGGAAACACCUACGUGAGACGGAUUUCCCAUCGAGCCGGAAUUACCAAACUUGUGAAUUUCAGCUACGAAGAGGUAACAAGUUCGAUGCUAUCAUUUUCCCAUCGCUUGGCGUUGCCUGCAGCCAUGGAACUGGCGUCCAGACCGAGAACAACAGGGCGCCCAAAACUGGUACUCGAGAUUGGUGACAGCAUGAGGGACAUUGCCCCGUACCCCGAACGAAUCCAAGAGGAACCACCGCAAUGGAGGCAUGUCAUUGUCCCUCGACAGAUUGAAGCUGCUGCUGAACGCAACAAACUGCCAAGUACUAGGGUGUAUGGUGAUGGGUGGUUUGUAGCCGCUGAGGUGGAAAAUGGAGAAGCUCGGGAGCGGGAAGAAGCCCUUGCCAUGUAUACAAAUGCUGAUGGAGAGGAGUUUGAGGACAUGGAAGAAGUCUCUCUUUACGAUGAUGAGUCUGUCAGUGAAGAUGACAUGAACCAGGAUGACACUAUCUCCCUUCGCAAGCUGCAAGCAUACAUUGAUGUACCGGGACACGGUCGAGAUUGGCUGACAAAUAGACCCGAAUUUCGAGCAACUGUACAAAAGUGCCUUGGCUCACAUGUUGACAUAGACGAGUGCAUCAAAGUUUUGGAUAGUGACGAGGACAUGUUCCGGUCACGUGAAGACGAAGACAUGAAUGAGGAAGACUUUGAAUGGGAGGAAAUCACGCAAGGUAACUAUGUAGCCAGACAACUUCCCCUUGGACGAAAUGGCAGACCACUGUUCUAUCUUGAACCUACACAAAUGGAUGGCGCUACAGAGUGA